CUUGAAACUACUUUUGUGUCAAUGCAGAUUUGAUCGCGGAGUUUACUGAUCAAAAUGGAUAACAUUUCAAGUACUGAUGAAAGUUAUGAUGUGGGAUAUGGAUAUCAGCCAUCACCUUCUUCUGUGGAUGAUCAAUCACCAACUGAAACAACAGGUCUUUCGACGUUGAGUGGCAAUUCUUUUGCUUAUUGCAGAACAAACUCAGAGACUUCAGCUUUUUCUGAGCAUACAGAUGAGAAUAGUUGGUCUGAGACAGGUUCUCCUUUGAGUUCACGGAGUUUGAAGUCUCCUACUCGUGCAGUGCUUUCGAGACUAGGAAUGAGGCAGCACAAGACAAUUGCAGAUGAUCCUGACACUGUAGAUUUAGAGCUUGAAUUGAUGAAGGAGAGAUUUUCGAAGCUGUUAUUGGGAGAGGACAUGUCAGGAGGAGGCAAAGGGGUAGCAACAGCAGUGACAAUAUCAAACUCUAUCACAAAUCUUUAUGCAUCUGUGUUUGGUCAACACCAAAGAUUGGAGCCUUUACAUCCUGACAAGAAAAUAAUGUGGAAGAGAGAAAUGAAUUGUCUCUUAUCUGUAUGUGAUUACAUUGUAGAAUUUGUUAGUACAUCACAGAUGCUACAAGAUGGAACCACUAUUGAGGCGUUGACAAGCAGGCCGCGGUCAGAUAUUCACAUCAACCUUCCUGCAUUGAGAAAACUCGAUACCAUGCUCCUCGAAAUCUUGGACAGUUUUGAGGCCACAGAGUUCUGGUAUGCUGAGAAAGGAAGCAUGUCAAACAACUCAACACGUGCUGGAUCGUUUAGGAAGAUUGUUCAGGUACAGCCUCAGCCUCAGCGUAAGGAAGAGAAGUGGUGGUUACCAGUUGUUUGUGUUCCUUCUGGUGGCAUCACUGAGAAGGAAAGGAAGCACUUGAGACACAAACGUGAUUGUGCCAACCAAAUUCACAAAGCAGCAAUGGCCAUCAAUAGCAGCAUCCUUGCUGAAAUGGAAAUCCCAGAAUCAUACAUGACAUCACUCCCGAAGAGUGGAAAGGCAAGUGUUGGAGACUCUAUGUAUCGCCACAUGUAUUCAGCAGAGAAAUUUUCCCCUGAACAGCUCCUUGACAGUCUAAACAUAAGCUCUGAACAUGAAGCUUUAGAGCUUGCUGACAAAGUAGAAGCUUCAAUGUAUACAUGGAGACGUAAAUCAUGCUUGCCUCAAGCGAAAUCAUCAUGGAUCAUGGUAAAAGAUCUAGUCACUGAUGAUCGAACUGAUAAGAAUAAUGUUUUAGCAGAACGAGCAGAAAGUUUGUUGUAUUGUUUGAAGCAAAGGUAUCCUGAACUCUCACAAACAACAUUGGACACAAGCAAGAUUCAUUUCAAUAGGGAUGUUGGCAAGGCAAUCUUGGAGAGCUAUUCUAGAGUACUAGAAAGUUUGGCGUUCAACGUUGUUGCUUGGAUCGAAGAUGUACUUUUUGUAGAUAAGACAAUGAAAAACCAAGAAGAAUAGGAACUGCAGUAAGAAAAACCUUUUUUGAUUACUGAAUAGGAUAGAACCAAGUAGAGAACUCGAACAAUGGAGGAUCAAUUUUACUAUGUGAAACCAAAUUGAUUGUGUAAUUUGAGAGUAGUACUCAAACUUGGAAAACAUGUUUUGUUUUUAACUUGAUGAUUUUGUAUAUUUAUAACUUAAAAAUCCAAGAAGCAAAUUCUGUAGUUUUUCAUUCUUUAUUCUGUUAGAUCCUUCAAUGAGGACAUUUUGGGUCAGU